GGUGAACAUCUGCCGUUUUGAGAUGUGCCUGUUGGUUCGUCUGCAUCUAGGUCACCGAAAUGCCUUCGCCGCUCCCCUGUCACAUGGUUGAUGUUUCAUCAUGCAGACUAUGGACAAAAUCCAGAAAUCUCGAAAUAAGGGCCCGGCUUGCACACAAUGCCGCCAGCUGAAGCUGAAAUGUGACUCCAGUCAAACAUUCCCUGCUCCCUGCAGUAGAUGCAGCAGAACCGGAGCACGAUGUCUGAUCGAUUCUUCUUUUCGGCGGGAGAAGCGCCAGGAACGCAUUGAGAGGCUGGAAGAGGAGCUGCUCCAUGCGAAACAGAAGCUGGAACAUGCGCCGUCUGCUUCUGACAGAGCAUCGACAGAACCGCAAGCACGCCAGCCUGGAGGCGAAGAGGACUUCACUACUUUCCCUUUCGCAAGCUUUGCCGGAGAACUCGAACCAGCGACUCUGGAAAACAUCACAAUUCAGCCCGACUCCAUCGUUGAACUGUUUGAGCGCUACUACAUCCAUCACCAUCCACGAUUUCCCAUCUUGUCCGCACCCUCGAUCACGUUGAGGUCGUCUAAGAAAUGGCCUCCUCUAUUCUGGAGCAUUAUCCUGGUGUCUGCAAAAAGCCGUCAGCACGCCAGCUUGUAUUCCAAACUUAGCCAGCCGCUCAAGAGGCUUGUCCUAAGUCCCGAAUACCUUGCAAAUCGAUCCGUUGAAAUGAUCCAGGCUCUGUUGCUCCUCGGUACCUGGGCAGGAGGGGAUGACAGAAGUUGGACCGACCUGUCUUGGACCUACAGCGGGAUUGCCACUCACGCAGCCCUCCAAAUAGGCUUGCAUCGACCGGAAUACAGCAACGAUUUUAUUUACGGCUCCAAAUUCGAUGAAGAUGCCAUUGUGCCUAGAAGGAAGGCAUGGAUUGCCUGUUUCAUCGUGAAUGAGAUGGCAAGCCGCAGAAUCGGUGUUCCAUGCACCACACCAAUCGACCAUACCAUCCUUGAAGCGUUGUCGUCGCCCUCUCCCGCCAUCCCGUCUCGACUCAAACAACAGCUCCAGAUCGCGUAUCUGUCGUACCGAACAAACACUACCCUAGGCAAUUCCGAUCUUAGUCCGGCGGGCGUCCUCCAAAGCUCGAUUUCGGCCAUCCACAUGUUCGAGAAAGAAUUCUCUCUAAUGGAAUCGACGCAUGGCCUUUUAUGGUCGCCGCACGAGGAAGUGCUUUUCCUUGGAUCCAAGCUGAACCUGUAUAUUUACGCAAUCACCUCCUCAAACACCACGAGUGAAAACGGCCGACACUCUAAUGUGGACGAAUUCAUAGGCCCGGCUCUCGCGACAGGGUUGAAGCUCAUCAACAUAGCCAAUAAUGCCGAAGACGAAAUCAUCUCCUGGAGCGUGCAUACGAAGGAAUCCCUCAUUGCGGCAACGUUCUUCCUCUUGAUGCUCAGAGAUAGCGAGCACCCACUGGUCGACCUCGCUGCCACUAGGAAAGCGAUCGGCCAGGCCUGGAAUACGCUUCACGCCUGCACCGUCACGGAGCAUGACUACCUCACGAGAACUUGUACCACCAUCUCCUACCUCAGCCAACAUCCGUUAAAACGAGAGGGAAAUGGCUUCGCACUGAGGACGAAGUCCAGGAUGGCGUCCAGCAUCAUGUGGGACACCAUAAGGCGGCUGAAAGAGCAAUUUGGGCUCGAGAAGCCCGCACAAUCUCUCAGUGAACGCCUUGCUGCCGCGAGUGAUCGCACGCAGCCUUCCGGCGCAUUUGCCACGCAACCGUACCCGGAUAACCUGGCUUUCGAGUACUCUGGAGGUGAUCUGAUUGAUUGGGACUCGUUGUUCAACGAAUUGGGGGAUUUCUAUAUACCGCCACCAGACAUGGCGCUCUAGCAAGGACAACUUUGUGGCAUCCAACCAAUAUAAAUCGCAUCGCUAUUAUCGUGCCGUCAGAGCCGUUACGGUGAAUGUCCUCAAAUCCAGCUGGAAGAGUAACUCGGCGAGACAGACUUCGCGCUCCUGCCCAACCGCACCUCUGCCCUGUGAAUAUGUUUCGGCACCGGCUCGGCACCCUGAAGAUCACCUUCGUCCGCGAUCAGUCGCGAAAGAGCCGGAUCUCUCGUAACUCUCACGAUGGUCGAGAAUGAAUUCGUGUACGAAGCGCCGUUGUGGAGCAACGCGUGCACACCCAACAGGACACAGAUCAGUGCGAAGAAAGCGCUUAGUCCAUAAGCCACGAGCAGUGCUCGCGGCUCAUAGACAAACUGUGAUUCGAACCUUUGUCGCACCGCUGAGGCUGUUGUCUGGUCUUCACCAACGGUCCUGUUUUGCACAAGUCAGCUGACUUGCGUCUCGAAGCGGAGAAUAGAAAUGUUGAUGUGCGAAUGUACAAACAUACCCAGAGACAACGCCGUACCGCAUGCUCAGCGUAAUGUUCCGAAACAGCAUCUCAUUCUGCUUGGCCUGAAGGAGCGUCAAGUCCGUUUGGUUCAGGCCCGGCCGCGCAGGGAACAAGGCCUGAUUCAUUCCGGGAGCGUAGACGGAGUUGGUCGUCGGGAAAGAGAUGUCGUUGGAGUACGUGAUGGGCCCACCGAUCAUCAUGACAAAGGAUUCCAUGACGGCUUGCAUGUUCAUCUGUUGACGGACCCGAGGAUCCUGUAGCGUCCCCUCCAUCGAGCUGAGCGCCGGCAUCCAAUUCUCGAACUUUGGAGAGGCGGUGACGAAUUGUGCGCCCGUGCUCUUCACCUCGAAAUGAGCGUCGUAGGACGCGUUGUACAAUGCACAGGUCAUCAUCUGCGCCUCUGCUUUGCCGACAAAGUCUGGGAUGCGGUUGCCUGACUCGUCGACGCCCGUGGUGUUGAGAUAAAUAAACACCCGAGCAGCGUCUUUCGAGACAAAAUCUAAUCGGUUGUUCCCGAUCUGCACGUCCGUGGAGGCGAAGAAUGAGCCAUUCACGUCAGGUCCCCAUCCGGGCUGAGGUGCCCAGCCAAAAUAGAACACUCUCGUGUCCGUCAUAUUCUCGUACUCGAGCAUGGCCCUUUUGGCCCAUGAAAAUUCUUCGUCGCUCGACAUGUCGCAGCUGACGGCCGGGCCGAAGAAUUGAAGGUUGAAGGUUAGGUUUGUGCUGGAGGACUCGAGCGGAAGAACACUGUUGGAGAGGACUGUGGCGAACGUCGGAUUCGACAGGCCCGUGGACAUGGAGGCGUAGGUUGUUGUGUUGGCGUCAGUUAUGACGCCGCAGAAGAGGUUGCUGUCAGUUGUGAAGGACCGCUGAGGGACGACUAGAGCCCCGGUUUCGGAGACCAGGACAGGCUGCACAGAGAGGGUGCCUGGAGUGAUGAUGGCAGAGAUUGGGAGGAGCCUGGAUCUGUUAGAAUCCCAUUUUGUGUUAUGAUGUGAAGAAUCCCACCAAGUCAUAGCUGCCAAAAG